AAUAUACAAAACCAAUUGUAAAGACAACUGUAUUAAUAGUAUGACAUUGUAAUAAACUGUAAUUAAUGAUUCGUAGCCAACAAUUCAAUACUGUGAGGUUUUAAUAAAUUAUAGCUUAUCAACAGAAUAACUUUUAAAAUUAGUAUAAUAUUUUAUCAAAGUUCGUGUCGCAUUAUGGAGGAUUUGAACAAAGAACAAGUUUCACAGCUUAAAAUGGCAUUCGAUGCUUUUGACCAUGAGAAAAGAGGUUGUAUUAGUACUGAUAUGGUGGGAACUAUAUUAGUUAUGUUGGGCCAUGAACUGAACGACGAAACAUUGCGACAAAUUAUUGCUGAAGUUGAUGUUGAUGCUUCUGGAGAACUAGAGUUUGGUGAAUUCUGCACACUUGCUGGGCGUUUUCUAGUAGAAGAAGAUACAGAAGCAAUGGCUCAGGAACUAAGAGAAGCUUUCCGUUUGUACGAUAAAGAAGGUAAUGGAUACAUUACUACGGAAGUAUUUAGAGACAUACUUCAUGAGUUAGAUGAUCAAAUUCCACCCGAAGAAUUAGAUUUAAUGAUUGAGGAAAUAGAUACUGAUGGAUCGGGGACAUUAGAUUUUGAUGAAUUCAUGGCUGUUAUGAAAGGUGAAUAAUAAUUAUAAAUCUGGUGCAUUAUUAUAUUUACACAUUACAAUGUACAUAGAUAAAUAAAUAUAUUAAUAAAUAUG